GAUGAACUAAGUGAUUAGGGGAGCCAGGGUUCGGACCCUCUCCCCGAACCCAGGGUAACUCUUAAAGUGGAGGGGACCCCUAUUGACUUCCUUGUCGACACCGGAGCACAACAUUCGGUCCUCCGCACCCCACAAGGAAAACUAGCCAGCAAGAAGUCCUGGGUACAAGGGGCAACUGGUAUGAGCCAGUAUUCAUGGACUACCUGAAGAACAGUAGAUUUGGGAACGGGCCGGGUAUCCCACUCCUUUAUGGUAAUACCAGAAUGCCCCUACCCACUGUUAGGACGGGACUUACUGACCAAGAUUGGAGCUCAGAUAACUUUCAGACAAGGGGGGCCUCAGGUCACCGAUGGCAAGGGCCACCCCAUCCAGGUCCUGACCAUGAAACUGGAGGAUGAAUACCUCCUCCACCAGGAGGCGCUCCCGAGAGAGGAUAAUAUAGACAGAUGGCUACGAGAAUUCCCCUCAGUUUGGGCAGAGACAGGGGGGAUGGGACUAGCCGCUCACAGGACCCCAGUCCUGGUAGAGCUCAAGCCAGGAGAGAGUCCGGUAAGGAUCAAACAAUACCCCAUGUCUCAGGAGGCCUGGAAGGGGAUCCAGCCACACAUCCGGAGACUACGAAGCCUAGGGGUACUAGUUCCUUGCCAGUCUGCCUGGAACACCCCCUUACUGCCGGUCAAAAAGCCUCACACAAAUGACUACCGACCGGUACAAGACCUCCGGGAAGUAAAUAAGAGGGUCGUGGACAUACACCCAACUGUUCCCAACCCAUAUACUCUCUUGAGCUCCUUGGCGCCCUCCAGGGUCUGGUAUACUGUACUAGAUUUAAAGGACGCCUUCUUCAGUCUGCCGCUGGCACCCCAGAGCCAACCCUUGUUCGUCUUCGAGUGGCAUGAUCCGGAGGAGGGCUCCAGUGGGCAACUCACCUGGACACGGCUACCUCAGGGAUUCAAAAAUUCACCCACCAUCUUUGACGAGGCUCUACACGAGGACCUGGUAUUUACAGACACCUUCUCUGGCUGGGUGGAGGCCUACCCAACCAAGCAUGAAACGGCUCAGACGGUGGCUAAGAAGCUACUAGAAGACAUCUUACUCAGGUAUGGUUUUCCUGCCAUGGUAGGAUCAGACAAUGGACCAGCUUUUAUCUCGCAGGUAACACAGGCAGUAGCCAAGGCGGUGGGGGCAAACUGGAAAUUACAUUGUGCUUAUAGGCCCCAGAGCUCAGGACAGGUAGAAAGAAUGAAUAGAACCCUAAAAGAGACCCUUACCAAAUUAACCAUGGAGACUGGCGGGGACCGGGUGACUCUCCUACCGUACGCCCUUUACCGGGUUAGAAACACUCCUUACACUCUGGGUUUUACUCCCUACGAGAUCAUGUUUGGCAGGCCACCCCCUGUUAUUCCCAGCCUUCGAGCUGAACUUAUUGCUGAGUUUAAAGAUCAAGAACUUUUUCUUUCCUUGAGCGGGCUCCAGAGGGCGCACGAGGACAUUUGGCCGCGCCUCCGUGCCAUCUACGAGGCUGGCCCGAUCCCGACACCUCAUCAGUACAGGCCAGGAGACUGGGUCUACGUCAAGAGGCACCACUGAGAGACUCUCGAGCCGCGCUGGAAGG